AUGCUAACUCUAAACCUGCAAAACUCCCAGGUGUUUCUGUGGAACAACGGGAAUGGACGAUUGGUUCCAAAGUCAUCCACUCUUGACAGCUGCCCAAACGUUUUGGACCGUCAGGUGACCAUAGACAUUGGCAAAAAUUCAGACGGCUGGUAUGGACCGUCUACCAUCACAUCGAAAAUUGACAUAUUCACCACCAUGUUGACAAAUCCAGAACUUCCUGGCUACCAGAUUUGCCAUAAUACUGGUCCUCCUUUCAUGGUCAAGAGUGUCGUUGAUGGGACUACUCCAACGAACAUUAAGGUGGCUCAGGAGGUCCAUAAUGUCUAUGUCUACAGGUGGAAUAAUGUCCCCCUCUUGGUAGACUUUGAGCUCCUUAAUAAGGAAUUUCUCAGCUUUGCCAAUCUCGACAACAAGUGGGAGGGAAUAAAGACUCCCAAGAGUGACUACAGGAGAAUGCACUACCUCAGGGAACUUUUAGGUUACAUUAAUUGCAGAAUGGGCAACAGGGUCGUUAUAGACAUUUGGGUGAAAAAGAAGUACAGUAAAUACCAUAUUGGUGCAUGCAAGUUCCCAGGGAUGGAAGAGAAAAAGGGAGCCGCUGUUAUAGUAGAGAAUGUCCCGCACAAAUAUGGAGAUCUCAACGGUUACCAAGAGUUCAGGCGCAAGCUCUCAAACAACAAGCAAUUCGACAUUGGGCACAUUAUGAAUUCCACACGUCGUGUCAUUAUAGAUCUUCCAAAUAGACCUGUAAAGACUGUCUCACUCUUCACUAGACCGUACGGAUAUACGAACAACCCACUAGAUAUUGUCGAAGUUGUAACGGACGUCUACGAGUACUAUUAUAAGCAUAACAGAGAUAAAGAGUUUGUAAAAUACGCUGUGUCUAAUGAGCCACUUAGGAAGACUAAUGACCUUUUGCACUAUGAAACAGGUAAGGUCAUUCUUUGGAAGAGCAAAGUAAUUGAGAAAAGAUACGACUUGUAA